AUGGAUGAACGUGAGUUUAACGCCUCGCUGCUUCUUCAGAACGAGAAGCUCAGGCGUCAGGUGGAGGAUCUGAAAACGCUGCAGAGUGUGGUGAAGGAGAAUCUGGAGCUGCGCUCGAGGCUGGACAGCUUCCCCUCAAGCAGCGAUGCGGACGCGGAGAAAAGCGAGAUGAGCGCAGGGAGGAAACCCACGUUCCCGUGGCGUGACAGUCUUGUGGACGAGAGCUCAUUCAGAGCCGGUCUUAUCGCACCUCAUCGCACGUCGUCUUCGGCACGUCCUGACACGUCGUCCUCCUCGUCCCGCCAGACGGUGAAAGAUCCCGAGCGGUUGCUGGGGGAAAUCGCCUUCCAGCUGGAGCGCAGGAUCCUCUCCCACGUCUUCUACAAACAGACGAGACUGUACGGCUUCACCGUGCAGAACAUACAGGACAAGAUCAUCCAGGUGUCUACACAUCCUCUGACAGGACAGGUGGACGAGGCGUACAGGUCUGAGAUGACCGAGCGCCAUGUGGAUCUGAUGGAUCGGCUUGGUGCUUUGGGCUACAACACGACGCUCCAUCCUCCCUUCACCGAGUUCAUCAUCAACACGUACGGCAUCCUGAAGGAACGACCCGACACACACAUGGCUCAGGAGCGGGGCUACAACGACCUGGACCUCCUGCGGUGCGUGAUGGUGGAGAUGGCGCCGUCCAGCCUGCUGAAAGACCUGCUGGUGCUCUUCAGCUGCCUGUGCUACCUGGCGGAGAAGGACGGAAAGCCGAUCAUCCUGUGGUAG